UUUGUGUUAGGUUAAGAAUAAAUAAUCAGUUAAAAUGUCGAAAAUUAUCGGUGGAAAUGUUGUUGAGUUGAAAGGAGAUGAGAUGACUCGGAUUAUUUGGGAACUUAUCAAAGAAAAGUUGAUUUUUCCCUAUGUUGAUCUUGAGGUGAAAUGUUUUGAUCUUUCUGUUGAGAAUCGCGACGCCACCGAGGAUAAAGUGACAGUUGAAGCAGCGGAAGCGAUCAAGAAGUUUAACGUCGGUAUCAAGUGUGCGACGAUCACACCUGAUGAAAAUCGGGUUGUCGAGUUUAAUUUAAAGAAAAUGUGGAAGUCACCUAACGGGACCAUUAGAAACAUUUUGGGCGGAACUGUAUUUCGUGAAGCGAUCAUUUGUAAGAAUAUCCCUCGCCUUGUGACGACAUGGAAGAAACCGAUUGUUAUCGGCCGACACGCGCAUGGGGACCAGUACAAAGCUACGGACUUUGUGGUUCCAGGGGAAGGGGAAGUAGUCAUUAAGUUCACCCCAACUAACGGCUCGCCCCAGGAGUUUAAAGUAUUUGAUUUUAAAGAUGGAGGUGGGGUUGCCAUGGCCAUGUACAACACAGAUAAAUCGAUCCGUGACUUCGCUCAUUCGUGUCUUAAGUUUGCGUUGCAGAAGAAGUGGCCGCUAUACCUCAGCACUAAGAACACGAUACUCAAGAAAUACGACGGGAGGUUCAAAGAUAUUUUUCAAGAGGUCUACGAAAGCGAGUACAAGCCCCAAUAUGAGGGGAACGGCAUCUGGUACGAACAUCGGUUGAUUGAUGAUAUGGUGGCAUAUGCCAUGAAGUCCGAGGGAGGGUUCGUUUGGGCGUGCAAGAAUUAUGAUGGAGAUGUUCAGUCAGACUCCGUGGCACAAGGUUACGGCUCGUUGGGCAUGAUGACUAGCGUCCUCGUGUGUCCCGACGGCAAGACAGUUGAAGCAGAAGCCGCUCAUGGAACGGUGACGCGGCAUUAUCGGCAACAUCAGAAAGGGUUGGAGACGUCGACCAAUCCGAUUGCUUCUAUAUUCGCAUGGACACGUGGCCUUCUGCAUCGAGCCAAGCUGGAUUCAAACACGGAACUUGAUCGAUUUGCGAACACCCUUGAAAGGGUUUGUAUUGAAACCAUCGAGUCUGGUUCAAUGACUAAGGACCUUGCUAUCUGUAUUAAAGGGUUGCCGGGGGUAACGAGAUCGGAUUAUCUCAACACUUACGAGUUUUUGGACAAAAUUGCGGAAAACUUGGGAACUGCGAUGAAAUCCGGGCAAUCCCAACUUUAAGCACCAGUUGUAUUGUUGCGAUGAAAUAAUGAAUUUGUGCAAUUCAUAAUUAAAUUAUAUUUGUGCUUAACUUAAAUUUAAAAAUUAUGCAAAUAUUGUUUAUUAGGGUUUACAUUGUUAAAGUAUUGAAGCGUUUAUUUUACACAUUUAGGAAAUUAUAUUGAAUAAAGUUUAUUUCGUGGUACUUUGUUUUCGGGGAGGAAUAAAUUGUGUUAAAAAAG